AUGAGCGAAUCCCCGAGAUCUUCCGUGGGAACUCCCACUGGGGCUAAAACUCCAGAUUCAAGACCUCCAAUACCCCAGGUUGUCUCACCAGUUGCACAUGCUGCCAGGGCCACGCCUCAGUCAUCUCCGAACGGAACAUUUGCUUUGCCGGCCAAAGACAAGCCAUUACCGGAGAAACCGGUUCUCCCGCCGCGUGUGGGUUUGAAGCUAUCAGAAUUGCCUAAACAGAAACCGGAUUCGAACAGCAAUCACGCUUCUCCUAGCACCACAUUGGCACCUUUCAUCCAGAUGGCCAGACCGCACUCCCCGGUUCAGACCAACUCCUCGGAGAUGCUGAGCUCCCCAAGAACCCCAGGAUCCACACUCAAUUCCGCUGCUGUCAGCAGGACUCCUGCCGCUUCGAAGGCACUGUCACAGCUGAGCAGCUCAACCAGAAGACCGAGGUCUGGUUCUAAUCCCUCAGCCACGGAUUCCAAUGCGGGAAGACCGAGCAGGCAUCUCUCUCUGAUCAAGUCGAACUUGAAUUCCAAGUCCAAUCAGCAGUAUCUACAACAGGAGAAGAACUAUUUGAAGAGAAUGAGCAACAUGGCUCACCAUUAUACCUCUGAGGAACGCAGAAGAGAGUCUGGGGACUCCGUUGAAGACGAGGCCUCCAAUGUGAGUGACGAUGAAUCCGAUUUCGUGCUGGCCCACGGAACCGAAUUUACCAGUGAAGAUAGCUACUACGAUGAAGAGCUACCUGCUGCUGUUGUGAGAAAGAAGCUUGGCAUCCAGAACGAGUUCUUCGAUAACGAGCACAUGUUCGACUCCAACCACAGCAUUUUAAAUGCCAUCAACAGAAACGACGAUAUCCAGUUGAACUCGAUUGAUGGUGAAAACCCAUAUGUUACAGAGAGACUGGAAUGGCAGUCUAUGCUUCUCUCCGUGUUAACUGGUGAUGUGGUGAAGGGUGAGAAGACCAAGAUUAUCAGACCGUCAAAUGAGAGCGAGUCUGAGAACUUCCUGCAUGCUACCUACAAAGAAAAUCUUUGGAUUGGUAUACGAUCCAAGCUUUUUGAUAGAACAGAAGACGAGCAGAAGAGGGUGGUUCAGUAUGGAAGGAGUUUGGUUGACGAUACAAUCAACGAGAUUCUGGAGUUCAAGAUUACGCCUCCGGCCUCCACUGAGCCAGACUUUCAAGCAGCAGAUCUGGAUGUUUCAGCUUUGGGGAGCGUCACUGCCAUUCUGGAUAAACUCGAAAAGGCUCAGGAGCUCUGGAGGACGCAAAGAGAAAUGUGUAAUGAUAAGCCAUUGUGUGCUACCUCUGAGUUUGAACGCAGGGUGAGUGCGUUGAAUGCUUGGAAAUCAAUAACUGAAGCCAUUUAUCUGGAAAGUGAUGUCCUGAAAAGAUGGGUUGGUAAUGAUGAGUUGAACAUCACCAAGACUCCUGAAUCUCAAAAGUCCACUGCGGUGGCUUCAUCUUCUCCAAAGGACAAACCACGUGAGAAUGAGAUCUUUAAAGAUGACACUUCUUUCGUGGACCGUAUAAUGAAGGAGAAGGAUGCCAACUUGAUCUUUGAGAAGCGUUUGUUCUCGGGUUUCAGUAGAUGGUUGUUCAAGGCAAAAGAGUCAUUUCUGGAGUAUCAGCCUGUCUUUGAAGAAAUUGGACUCCCUUCUUACGUUGACAAGCUGUUGGUUCUAGCACUGUUCCCAAUGAAACUCAUCAAAGAGCUGAUCAACGGCAGACUAGCAUAUGCCAAGAAGCUGGCAAACCCUACUGCUCAAUCAAGUGAGCAGAUGAUCGACGAUUUCAAGCUAUAUGUCAACAUCGCUUUAGCAGUAAGAACAUCCUUCAUGGAGUACUGUUAUCCUCAGGUGGGCUGGGUCUCCUUGCAAGACUACUUGGAUCCCGAUUUCGACAAGGCAAUUCUCGAUUGCGUGCAUCACUAUCUCUUUCUGCUGAACAGAAAGCUGCUGGACACGAGAUCGUUCAAGACGUUUAGAACGUUCAAGGAACCAGAUGAGUUAGAAACAGAGUGGAAAUUUCUGCAGAACCUUGGUUUCUACAUCGAUGGUGGUGGUAUCGAAAUUUCAGAGCAGUUCACGAUUUUGACGAGCAAACUGGUGGGGAGGCUAUACACCUAUGUUCAGCAGCAGUACCAAGGACCACCCACGUCAUACGCAGCUAAUGGAACUCAUACCACUCUGGAUAAGCACAAGAUCUUUAGAUGGUACACAACCACAAUGGAGAACUUUGGAUCGUUGAGAAGGAAGUUCUUCAGAUUCAGUAUAGCACUAGACAGCCAUUUCCAGAAUGCACUAGUGUUCAAUUUGAACAACUCCAAGAUCAAAAGGUUUUUGGAUCUACUGAAACAGACUGGUCAUUCUCUGUUAUACACUAAUGGUGUAGUGGAGAGCAAGGGCUUUUAUUUGAUUGUUUCUCCAAGUCUGGUCAACAGACCGCUAUCUGUUUGCAGAAUACUCAAGGGAUCGCACCUGGGUGUUAAUUUUGAUGAGAUCCCAGAUCAUCACCUCACAGUGUUGAGGAGUUAUAACGAUUAUAUGGACUUUGUUUCCAGUCCUGACGGUUUCAAUGAUGACCCAGAGGAAGCAGCUCAAGACGACGGAGCAGAGUACGUUCUUGCAGUUUUCCCUUCAAAGGCAAUGGUUUGGGAUGGUCAUGUUACCGAUCUCGAGAUUGACUCAGUUCCAAUCGACGGAAUUGCCCACGGAAAGGUAAUGAUGAUCACCCCAGGUGGGUCGAUUGAGAAUCUCGAGAGGGCAGAGGAGUUCUUCAAGGAAGCCGUAGAAGAUACGGUUGGCUCGUUGGUCGAGAGGAGGUGUUCGCUGCCACGGGUACACCACGAGAUGAUGAAGAUCAACAGGAAUUUCUUCAGAGUAUCUACCAUAGUGCUUGAUUCUGCUUCUCUGGUCAGAAAUCAGUGCAAGGGCAUUGGUGACUGCCAGGAGCUUGUCAACAACAUCUUUAUCUAUACCCGGGAUUUUGGCCGAGGCUCUUUGCGAAACUUCGAGGGUGUCAAGAAGUCAACUAUAGCGAUGAAGCUGAUCCAGUUCUGCAUUGAAUGGGUGAGUUUCAUUGUGGAUGACUGCGUUCCUACCGAUCAAAAGACCUUCAAAUGGUGUGUGCUAGCUCUGGAGUUUGCCAUGGAUAUGACCAAAGGCUUCAAUAUUCUGACUCUGAAUGACCAGCAAUUCUAUAGACUCAAGAUCAAGGUUGCCGGGUGUAUGUCGCUGUUGAUAUCUCACUUUGAUAUUAUGGGUGCUAGGUCCAAGGAGAUCCAGAAGAGAAGAAUGCUCAACUGGAACCUCCAGAAACAGAAAAACCCAUAUUUGGCUGCCAAAGACGAAGAUCUGUUGGGUGCUUUGAGAGAAGAUAUUCUCAGAAAGAUUACCGCAAUAGAGGCACACAGACAUUCUUUGCAGCAGGAACAGCAAUCUGUCGGAAGAGUUCUGGACGAUACCGAUACUGAGAACCAGUUCUUGAGUUAUCUUGCGUCUUCGUUCAGCUCUGUCUCUAUUAGAUGGCAGAAGGGCAAGUUUGUUGGUGGAGGAACUUUUGGAAGUGUGUAUGCUGCAAUCAACCUGGAUACUGGUGGAGUUAUGGCAGUGAAGGAGAUUAGAUUCCAGGAUAGUCACUCGAUUAAGACCAUUGUUCCCGCAAUCAAGGACGAGAUGACUGUUCUGGAGAUGUUAUCGCACCCAAAUAUCGUGCAAUACUUUGGAGUGGAAGUCCACAGAGACAGAGUGUAUAUUUUCAUGGAAUACUGUGAAGGAGGAUCAUUGGCCUCUCUUUUGGAACACGGCAGGAUCGAAGACGAGACAGUCAUCCAGGUGUAUGCUUUGCAGAUGCUUGAAGGUCUGGCAUAUCUUCAUCAGUCCGGAAUUGUCCACAGAGACUUGAAGCCGGAGAACAUUCUCCUCGAUCAUAUGGGAGUCAUCAAGUUCGUGGAUUUCGGUGCCGCUAAGGUGAUUGCUGUGUCUGGACGCACUCGGGAUGGUCGCACCGCGACUCACGGAAAGAAAGCCAACACGUUGACUGGUACUCCAAUGUAUAUGUCUCCAGAGGCUAUCAACGGAAGUGGGACUGGCAAGGAUGGAUCGUUGGAUAUCUGGUCAUUAGGAUGUUGUGUUUUAGAGAUGGCUACUGGUAGAAGGCCUUGGGCUAAUCUUGAUAACGAAUUCGCCGUGAUGUACCACAUUGCCAGUGGACAUCUUCCCCAGUUUCCUAGUCCAGAUCAGCUAUCAGAGGCUGGUUGCAAGUUCUUGACACACUGUCUGCAGAUUGACCCCAAUAACAGACUGACUGCUGUUGAGUUGUUGAACGAUCCAUGGAUGAUGGCGAUUAGACACGAGGCUUUUGGCGAGUCCAGUGGGUCUCUUUCCGAAACGGCAUCUGAUGCUGGGUACUCGAUUUAA